AUGGUAGCACGAGGAAAAUAUAGUGCAAAUGGGAAUAUAACAUACUUUCCAACAGCAACAAACAUGUUGAAACUGGUAAAAGACCAUCUUUUUGGCAGUAACUGAAGUUUUUCUGAAAUGGUUGUAAAAUAUGAAAAGGUACUCACGAUCAAUAAAUUUUGAACUGCAUUAAAUUGAACGUUAUUGAAUACCAUUUCAGACUUAAUUUACGACCGAUUUCAGAAAAAUAGCUUUUCAUCUUAUUCCCAUUAUUUUUUAUUUAUUAAUAUUAUUUGAAAAUAUUACAGAUAUGGGAUUCAAAUCUUGCAGAUGGUGCAUCAUCUUAUGCUCACACAUGCCCGAGAAAACAUUCUAAAGGAGAUUAUGGUGAAAAUAUCAUAAUUCUCACAAACACUGAACAUUUGAGUCAAAUUGAUAUCGUAUGUUUUGUUUCUCUAUUUUUUCGAGAAGAACCAUCAGAAAUAAAAUGAAAUUAAGGGUCGAGAAGCAUCGUACAAAUGGUUCAACGAAUUCCAAGAAAAACAAUGGAAAUCAAAGAAAAUGAAUUUUCGUUCAGAAAAACAUCAAAGAGAUUUCGGUCACGCAACUCAAAUGAUUUGGCAAUCAACAAGAGUAGUUGGUUGUGGUUUUGAAAAAUGUAAUGGUACUACAUAUGCAUUAGUUUGUCGAUAUAAACCAAGAGGAAAUAUGGAAAAAGGUUCCAUUUAUGAAAUUGGAACAACUUGUACACAAUGUCCUGAAGGAACGUAUUGUGAAAGUGGAUUGUGUACACCUAAUGACUGA